AUGGGUGGCCUGUCGAACGAGGCGAAGAUUAUUAUCCUCUUAUGCAUCGACAUUGUAUUCUUCUUCAUCGAGCUCAUUAGUGGCUACUCUGUCGGCUCACUAGCUUUGGUGGCUGACAGUUUCCACAUGCUUAACGACAUCAUGUCGUUGGUUGUGGCUCUAUAUGCUGUACGCCUCCUCAACAAGAAGGACAAGAACCCGAGCUUCUCAUAUGGAUGGCAGCGGGCUGAGAUUCUCGGCGCUCUGUUUAACGGCGUUUUCCUUCUGGCCUUAUGCUUUAGCAUCUUUAUGGAAGCGCUCGAGCGUCUUCUGUCCAAGCCUAAAGUCACCAACCCUGCUCUUGUGAUGAUCGUCGGUUCGUUCGGUCUUCUCUCGAACAUUAUUGGUCUCCUCCUUUUCCAAGGUCAUGCUCACCCUGGCCACAGCCACGAUCACGAACAUGGUCAUGGUCACGAGCACGCGCACGACCACGACCACGAUCAUGACUUGGAACGAGGCGAGGGCCAUACGCACGAACACAGUCAUGAAGAGGAUGAAGAGGAGACGAACUUUGCUUCCAAUGUCGGCGACAUGAUAGGCCACCCAGCGAACACGCGCGCCUCUGUGAUGAACAAGGCGCAGUCGCUAGGUUAUGACAAGAAGCCCAAGAGUACAGGGGAGCAGCAAUCUCUACUGUCUCCAGAAGCGGCUUCUACUUCGUAUGGCACAGUACCGCGCCGUCGUCUAUCGAAUGCGGAGCAGGCUACUGCGGCAGAGGUGCGUCGUCAUCGUAUGUCGAUGGGGGCUGCAGGGCACUCGCACGGCAAUAUGAAUAUGCGUGGUGUGUUCCUCCACGUUCUUGGUGAUGCCAUCGGCAACAUUGGUGUGAUCAUGACUGGUGCAUUGAUCUUGUAUACUACUUACUCAUGGCGUCAGUAUGCUGACCCUAUCAUUUCGUUCAUCAUUGCAUGCAUCAUUUUCAACUCAGCUCUUCCCCUCGUCAAGUCCGCGUCUUUCAUUCUCCUGCAAGGUGUCCCUACAUCUGUAUCACUCGACGGUGUUCGCAACUCGCUGUUGCACAUCAAUGGUGUGAUUAGCUUGCACGAUCUGCAUGUUUGGCAGCUCAAUGAGAACAAGAUUGUGGCGAGCGUUCACAUCUUGGUCGACUGCUCUGGUGAGGAGUCUUCUCGUUACAUGCAGAUUGCUAACCAAGUGCGUCGCAGUCUGCAUCUCUGGGGCAUCCACUCAUCAACCAUUCAGCCUGAAUUUGUCCCCGGUGGUCUUAAGGAAGCUGCACGUCUUAGUGGCGUCGAAGUGGAUGAACAGAACGACAGCCGCGAGCCGCUGCGUACGCCCGAUGGCAACCUCGUUAAGGCAGAGCUCGCCGAGCGUACCCCUGCUUGUCUAUUGGCCUGUGAUGCGAACGAGUGUGGUGAUAAUACCUGCUGCGAAAUUGCUCCGCCUCAGAAAGAUUCGAGUGCCCCGGCCACUAGUACCAAAUAG